AUGGCUUACGUCGCACUAUUUGUAUGGAUCACAGCGCUCCUCAGCGUUGCACGGGCAGCAGAAGAUUGCGGGGCGUUCUCAAUUGACGGACCCAAUGACGCGACUUUCCAGUUUUACCGAUUUUAUGACUUUCGCGAUGUUCCCACUAUGGAGAGAAUGCCAUCCGGAGACCCAGCGGCUAGCAACAGGGAAGAGGCCGGCUCUCUAGAAAUAGGCAAGGUAACCACUGACUCCUCGUGGAUGAACGAUUGGAAAAUCACCUCGAGGUAUCCUAACGCAGCUAAUAAGAAAUCUUUGGCACGCCACUACGUCCCUGAUCAUGUCUUUAUAGAUGAACAAGCCGAUGGAGCUCAGCUGGUUCUUUACACAGACCGUCUGAGAAACGACACCCAGCAGGCAGGGGAAAUUUACUUCAGUGAAGCACUAGUCGACUCGGUGUCUUUGCGGGUGAAAGCUCGUAUCACCGGCGCACCAGGUGCGGUGGCUGGCUUCUUCACCUACUUCAACGACACACAAGAGUCGGAUAUUGAGGUUCUGACUCGAGACGAAGAUAACCGUGUGCACUACUCCAACCAACCCACCGAAAACACCACCACAAUGACUACCAUACCCGGCACAACAUACAACGAGACACGCUCCGGCUCGUAUCAGAACUGGACGGUCUACCGCCUAGACUGGUUGCGGGACCAAGGCUUGAGUGUAUGGUACAUUGACGGUAAGCUGGAAAAGACGUCGCGGGUGAAUGUUCCCGUCACGCCGUCCACGGUCUACAUCAACAUGUGGAGUAGCGGUGCGAGCUUUUCCGGACGCAUGGACUAUGGGACCAAUGCCACUUUGGAGAUCCAGUGGAUUCAGAUGGCCUUCAAUGCGUCUGGUGUUGCGGUAGAGAGUGUGCCGAAAGAUGGGACUUCUGUCAUCACUUUGGACUAUGUUGAUUGGGGCUUCAACAGAGACUCAAGUGCUCAAACUCCUCCUUCCUUAACCGCGGAUAGCUCACAGCCAACUCCUGAGAAUCUGUCUGAAGACCCCCUUAUCAUUUCCUACUACACAAAUUUCCAUCACCUCCACCCUUUCGCUCCGCCCUUACCACACUUUAUGAGGCUCUGCCAAAGCCCCCAAGAAGGACCAUUCCACUUCACAUCCCUGGCAGCUGUGAUGCGCCUCAUCGGAAACCUUUACACGACCCAUGAAUGGUCUUUCCCGCUCCAAGCUGAAGCUGAGACACGUAUCUCUCAGCUCUAUUCUUCAAAUCCAGUCCAAGUUCAAUGUAGACUCCUCUACUCUAUUUCUCUAUUCUGGAAUAACUUCAGAUCAGAAGCAGACAGGGAGAUUGGGACUGCCAAGGACGUGGCUUUGAACUUGGGCAUGCACAGACAAGAGUUUGCUGCAGCUAAUGCAUUGGGGGAUGAGGUUCUGAUGGAGUCUUGGAGGCGGACGUGGUGGAUGCUGUAUAUUAUUGAUGCUUACUACGCCGGGACAUUGGGGACUCUGAACCUCAAGGUGUUCCACAUUGAAGCCUCCGUGGAUCUCCCAUGUGAGGAGUGGGAGUAUGAAUCUGGGAUCAUUCCUACACCACGCACAAUAGAAGACUUUAACUCCCGCGAGUUCUUCGACGAGGAGGUAACCUUCUCAUCAUUCGCUUACCUUAUUGGCGCCGUAAAAUGCGCUGCAUUUGCAAUUUCCACGUCUCCCAAGAACGCCACAAGACAAGACUCGGAGCAUAUCAUUCAGGCCGCAGAUUCGGCCAUUGAUGCCUGGCUCUUACUACUGCCCAAAGAACAGAAGCCUGUCAUGAGGAGUGAUGGCACGAUUGAUGAGUUGAUGUUCCAGGCUUACAUGCUUGUCCAUGUUGCAACAAUAGGAUUGCACAGGCCAUUAUCGGACCUCAGGUUCAACCCUGUAGAGAGCGUUUCCAGCUGUGCUCGAGAACCACCCCCAGAUACACCCAAGCCCGAUCUCAUCAACGUCCAUACAACAAGGAUCCUAAACUCUGUCAAUGCUCAGAUCCAACUACUAGCAUUGCCCGUGAGGCCCUUCCAUCACACUCCUUUUACAACCUGCAUGAUGAGCGAAGGCACCCUCGCGCUUCUUUCAGCCUGCAGAUAUCUCCUGCAAGAUAAAGCUCUGGCGAUAGCAAGAGACCAGAUCAGAUUGAGCAUUGGGUGCCUGAAGACACUCGGCGAAAUAUGGCCCAGAACGGCAAAGAAUGUGAAGGAGAUACAGACAAUCGCUCGCCAUGUGUUGGUGACAAAAGGAGGUACAGCAAGCGAUGUGACGCCCGGCUCGAGCGGCCUUUUGAGUCUAGCGGGCAGUGAUGGACAGACGAGUACUGAGACGUUGGAUGUAAUGGGGCAGACUGAUGACCUUCUUGCUUCUUUAGGGCCAUUGGAGGAUAUCUGUGGAUGGUUUAAUAUGGGCUCAGAGCUCAAUUCUGAUGCAUGGGUGGCUGGUGGCACCUGA